GUCGUCCAACGCUCCCCUCCGACACUCCCUGGACUGCGGCUCACUCCUGGACUGUUCCCCUGUCCUUCACCCAUCUUACGCCCUUCUCACGACUUGCCACAAUGUUUCCCAUCUCCGAGAAACCUACCAGCAUCAAGGCUGACUCCGUGUCUGAGGAGUUCCAAAAGCAAGAAGUCAAACACCUCGACAGGGUCAAUGUGGCCAACAACCCGAAUGCCAAGCUCGCCAACCCGCUCGAGGGAAUCCCUCAUGAUCAGUUGAUUGCUGAUGCUGCGGCGUUUGCGAAGAGCCAUGGCCUCGGCCACCUCACGGAGGUAUUCCAAAAGGGUGCCCUCGUUGCCCAGGAUCCCUCCGCUUUUGAGUCGCUCCCGCUCCUCGACGAUGAGGACAGGAACGUUUUGCGACGCGAAGUCACUCAUAAGUGGCGACAGCCUGCACAACUGUACUAUCUUGUAAUUCUAUGUUCCAUGGCCGCUGCCGUCCAGGGUAUGGACGAAGCGGUCAUUAAUGGCGCCAACUUGUUCUUCGCACCCCAAUUUGGUAUUUCUACCACAGAAGGUGAUACGGGCCGCAAUCAGUGGUUGCUUGGUCUUGUAAACUCUGCGCCUUACCUCUGUUGCGCUUUCCUUGGAUGCUGGGUUUCAGCUCCCAUGAACAAGUACUUUGGUCGUCGCGGCACAAUCUUCAUCAGUGCCUUGGUGUCGUUCCUUACCUGUGUAUGGCAAGGUGUAACGAACACAUGGUGGCACCUGUUUAUCGCCCGUUUCUUCCUUGGAUUUGGUAUUGGCCCGAAGAGUGCAACUGUACCUGUUUACGCCGCCGAAUGCGCGCCGCCGGUCAUCCGUGGCGCCCUUGUGAUGAUGUGGCAAAUGUGGACGGCUUUUGGUAUCAUGUUUGGCUACGUUUGCGAUCUUGCGUUCUACUCGGUCAAGGACAGGCCUCACAUUACGGGUCUCAACUGGCGUCUCAUGCUUGCGAGUGCCGGCGUUCCUGCCCUGUUUAUCGUUUUCCAGGUCUAUCUUUGCCCGGAGUCGCCUCGUUGGCUGAUGGGCAAAGGCCGGUAUGACCAGGCAUACGACUCCCUGAUUCGUCUCCGAAACAGCCCAAUCCAGGCUGCGCGUGAUCUCUAUUAUAUCCACGUUUUGUUAGAGGCAGAGGCGGAGACCUUCACUGGCCGCAACCGUUUCUUGGAGCUCUUCAAAGUGCCCCGCAACCGCCGUGCUGCUCUUGCAUCCUUCAUUGUGAUGUUCAUGCAGCAAUUCUGCGGGAUUAACGUCAUCGCGUACUAUUCGUCCAGCAUUUUCUCUGCAGCCGCCCACACCACCAAUCUACAGGCACUUAUUGCGUCCUGGGGUUUCGGCAUGCUCAACUGGUUGUUUGCCUUCCCUGCAGUGUGGACCAUCGACACCUUUGGUCGUCGGAACCUACUCCUCACGACGUUCCCGCUUAUGGCGAUCUUCCUGCUCAUGACUGGGUUCUCGUUUUACAUUCCGGAAGGCAAAGCGCAGCUCGCUGUGGUCGCACUCGGCAUCUAUCUGUACACGAUAGCGUACUCGCCCGGAGAGGGCCCUGUGCCGUUCACUUACUCUGCCGAGGCAUACCCCCUCUACGUGCGUGACAUUGGCAUGUCCUUCUCUACCGCGGUGCUCUGGUUCUUCAACUUUGUCGUCGCCAUCACCUUCCCGCGCUUGCUCGGUGCCUUCAAGCCCCAAGGCGCUUUCGGCUGGUACGCGGCAUGGAACGUCUUCGGCUUCGUCGCCAUCCUCUUGUUUGUCCCCGAGACGAAGGCGCUAUCGCUCGAAGAGCUCGAUCAGGUCUUCUCGGUGCCUACGCACGUGCACGCAGCAUAUCAGCUUAAAGCGCUGCCGCACAACAUCAAGAAAUACUUCCUCCGCAUGGACGUGGGCGACCUUCCACCGUUGUACCAGCACGAGGGUGCAGUCGACGAGAAACACUACGCGCCAGGGGGCGCGGGCCAUGCAUAGGCAUGCACUCUAGUCUAGCUAGAGCCAAGUGUUUCCCGUUGCUCUCUGGGGUUGCCGUUGUAUACCACCAAUGUAGCCGGCAUUACGAUCUACUAAUGAUUAUUCUGACGCUCGCAUCAUGCUUUUGUUGUAUCCCCUAUUGUAUCAUAUAGUAGCUUCAGUUUUAUGUCAUGUCCAUUCCACGAACG